GCGUUUGCCAGAGACAGGUGCGGCAGGGAGGAGUAGUUUCCAAAGCCCUCCACCGGAUCUGGUAACGCAGUAACGAGCUCGCUCUCGGAUAUUUUGUACCCAGUGAGGAGACACAACGGACUCGCGCUGCUUUCACACUUCUUUCCCCUGAUAGUGAGAGACUCUGCAGUUGGGUUGCUAUGGCAGCUGUGGCACCUUCCUACUUCUUCCUGCUGUGUUGGCUGCUGCGAACGGCUAGCUCAGCUUUCCCGGAGGAACCAGGGCCCCUGAACUUCAUCCCUACAGAAGUGGUGAGAAGAUACCCCGUGUUUCUGGGCCGACCGCACAAAACGUGGCUGAGACAAGAGCCUCUGCACGUCCAGAGGAUCCUGCAGGUCAAUCGGACGCUCUACAUCGGAGCGAGGGAUGACCUUUUUCGUGUGGAGCUGGACACCACUGCAGGAGAUGAGAUGUUUUACAACAAGAAAAGAACGUGGGAGUCGAACAAGAACGACAUCCGGAUCUGCAGGAUGAAGGGCAAACAUGAGGAUGAAUGCCGUAACUUCAUCAAAGUGCUGCUCAGCAGAAACGGAGGCUUGUUUUUGUGCGGAACCAACGCCUUCAACCCGCUGUGUGCCAACUACACUGGAGACACCCUGGAGAUGCUGGGAGACACAGUCAGUGGGAUGGCCCGGUGUCCCUACGACCCCAAACACGCCAACGUAGCUCUGGUCGCAGAGGGGAAUCUGUUUACGGCCACAGUGACGGACUUCCUGGCCAUCGACGCGGUGAUCUACCGUAGCCUCGGGGACAGUCCUGCUCUGCGCACCGUGAAGCACGACUCCAAGUGGUUCAGAGAGCCGUAUUUCGUCAGUGCCGUGGAGUGGGGACCUCACAUCUACUUCUUCUUCAGAGAGAUAGCCAUGGAGUUCAAUUACCUGGAGAAGGUGGUGGUGUCACGUGUUGCCCGGGUAUGUAAGCGCGAUCAAGGCGGGUCUCAGCGCGUCCUGGAGAAGCAGUGGACGUCGUUCCUAAAGGCCCGUCUGAACUGCUCCGUGCCCGGCGAUUCCCACUUCUACUUUAACCUGCUCCACUCCACCAGCCCCAUCAUCAGGAUGCAUGGCAGGGACAUCAUCCUGGGGGUGUUCUCCACACCAGCCAACAGCAUUCCAGGUUCGGCGGUGUGCGCCUUUGACAUGGAGCAGCUGGCUGCUGUGUUUGAUGGAAGGUUUAAGGAGCAGAAAUCACCAGAGUCUAUUUGGACGCCUGUUCCAGAUGAAGUCAUCCCAAAACCAAGACCCGGUGGUUGUGCCGUUCAAGGAUCCAAGUUUAAUUCCUCCAACUCCUUCCCCGAUGAGAUGUUAAAUUUUGUGAAGACCCAUCCUCUGAUGGAUGAAGCAGUCCCAUCACUGGGACAAAGACCCUGGAUAGUGAGAACCAUGGUCAGGUACCAGCUGAAUAAGAUCGUGGUGGAUACCGAGGCCGGGCCCUACAGAAACCGCACCGUCCUCUUCCUUGGCUCAAGCAGAGGGACCAUCCUCAAGUUUCUCAUCAUGCCCAACCAGGACAAUACCGUUACCAAUAGCAACAUCUUUCUGGAAGAACUGGAGGGCUUCAACCCCGAUAAGUGCGCUGAGGACUCUCUGCAGGCCAGGCAGCUGUUGUCCCUGACUCUAGACCGGAUGAGCCACACGCUGCUCCUUGCCUUCCCGUCCUGUGUGGUCAGAGUACCAGUGGCACGAUGCCAGCUUUACUCCCGAUGCAUGAAGAACUGCAUCGCCUCCAGGGACCCUUACUGCGGCUGGACCAGAGGAAGCACCUGCUCUUUCCUCAGACCUGGAACCAGACUGCCGUUCGAGCAAGAUGUUGAACACGGAAACGUGGACCACUUGGGCGACUGUGACGGAAUUCUGCUCCAAGAGAGUUUCAUGGAGGAGCCCGAUGGCCUCGUGUCCGUAAACCUCUUAGUGGUGUCUGCUGUUUCAGCCUUUGCAACAGGAGCCGUCCUUUCUGGUCUCACCGUCUGCUGGAUCAUGAGUCACCGGCACCGCCACUCUCGCGGCUCCGGAGCCAGCGGCGCCCGGCGCAAAGGUGACAAAGAGCAAAGCAUGCUGGGACAGGGCCGCAGCGGGUCGGUGAUGAGCGUGACGAGAACCAGCGGCGGGGAGCGGCGCUGUUCGCAGGCGGACAACCCCUUUGUCACGCCCAACGGCUGGCCUAAAGGAGAGAUGGACCCCGGCUUGCUGCCCACGCCCGAGCAGACCCCCCUGCAGCAGAAACGGGGUGUGCGUCUCCCGGACACCGAGUGGGACCAGAGUCAGACUUUCCUCACCGCCGUUGGGACUCCCUGCCCAAACAACUCCGUCAUCUACCUGAGCUCCAAGUUCCUGCACGGCGGUGGAGGCGGCGGCGGUAUGGUCCGGAUAGAUGACCCAGGAGAGGUGGUGCUGCCUCCGCACACAGAACGCCAUCGCUACCUGAUCCUCGCCACGCAGAGAGGGGAGCACGGUAGCAAUCGGCCCACCGGUGCGCUAAGGAACUCAGCAGGAGAAUACAUCUACCCUGCCACGCCGCAGGACUCCCCCGACCGACGGAGGGUGGUGUCCGCUCCCACUCCCCACAUGGACUACGGGGAGCCUCGCUGGAGUCAUGAGGCGCUCAACUACAACAGCAACAAUGGCGCACCCUAUCACCCUCAGCGCCAGGGCCUCAUCAGGCCAGACAUGCACGGACCCCGAGGGCUGGGAGAACUGGCUGACUUCAGCCAUCUUCUAGGAAAGAGCGUGGGCGAGCGCAACCCCAGUGGCCAGUGAGGCGACGCAGACGAGCCCUGACGCCAACCCCUUCCCUCCAACAGCAAACUGGAAUCAAACAACCCUCAGAUUCACUGUCCCGGUCCAACCUUACCCUGUCUGUCCUCUCUCACUGUCAUUCAAUGUUCAGACAUCACUCAGCUGACUAAAGAGAGGGACAAAGAGAGAGAGCUGACAAAGAGGAGACAACUCUCUGUACAUCUCCGUUCCUCCGUUCGUAAUCCGAGGUGCGCGCCUCAGCUCUGUCGGUGGAUCCAACCGCAGAGCGUGACUUUGACUCCACGGGACGACCGGCGAGCUAAAAAGAGGGGUGCGGAGAACGAAGGCUCUUCAUAGAAGGACAGUGUGGAGAUUAAAAAAAAACAAAUAAAAUGACAAUUUGGCUUGCAGCACCAAAUGUGAAAGGUCUCCCUCCACCAUUCUGUUCACUGUUUUAACACCAUGGAUCUUCUUUAAGUGAAAUCACGUUUCUGCUUUGGUUUGCCGAUGCCGGUGGCGUCCAGCAGACAACCAUGUGCUUUUCUUUGGACUCGAACUGAUGUCGCCGUCAAAGGGCCGCGACGCUCAGCCAAUCAUGCUGUGUGUAUGUGCAAAUACGUGUGGCCACGACAACCCCAGCCAGCGUCCUGUCUUAACUGUGAAGUAUACCUGUAUAACGAAGAUGGUAAUAACAUUAUUUUCUUUUUAUAACCAAUCACAGAGAGACAGACGGAUUUUAUCACGUGUCUACUUGAGGCUCUUUGUGUUCACCAAUCGGAGGUUUGGAUGGUUGGUUGAUCGGUGGCUAGUGAGGAGGUCGGACUCGCUCUGUGAAAGUAAAAAAAGAGCAAUAAUGAGCAAGAUAUAUCUAAGGAUAAAGAUAAAGCCAAUUUAAUUUGAUAUUUUUAUAUCAGCAUCUUCUCAGCAAAGAAAACCGAAGCUUCGAGACGUCGGAAAAAGGCUCUGGGAAAAAGGAACAGUAUCUCCACUCCACCCCCCUCCCUUGCUGCCUCUCAGUAUGCCUGGGUCUGUCUGACCUGACCCGAGGCCUCCCCAGGCUCCGCAGUCCAUUUGAAGGAGGGAAUGUGAGCUCUGACUGUCUGCCCGGCCGCUUGGGAGCUCCAUUCAGCCUCUUCUGCCCGACACUGAGACUCUUUGUGCCCCAGAGGCGGGAGGAGACUGCGGC